GUCACGAUGAUUCAUUUGUGGCUUUGCUGCGACGAAUAGAAGGCCAUUCUAGCGCUCCGUCUGCAGCAAUGCAUUGCAAAAACCCGCCCCAGGCAGCAGCAGCAAGCAUGUUGCGUAGGCCGCGCAUUCUGAUCUUGCUUAAAACGAUUACUCCCAGCUCGGCCGGUGUCCAGUCUCGGCGCCAUUUUACUUGCAACAGAUAGACACAAGGAAGCAUAUCCUCAAUACACGAUGGCUACGACGAUUCACAGUCGCAAAUACCACGUGCGCGACCUGGCGACACGAUCCGUCACUCUGUUCCCAGCUCAGGCACAGGUGAUUCGAGACGUCAGAGAUGUCCUUCUCAAGCCAGGCACCAACCAGAUCAUCAUUGCGGGUCUGUCACCGACCGUUGACGAAGACUCGAUAAAAGUGGAGGGCACAGGCUCAGCCAUCAUCACCGACAUCACUGUCAAGCUCCUUCCCAACCGCGACAUUUACGAAGACAUCUUUCCCGACAAUGACUCCGACUCAGACGGGGACGAUACCGACCUUGAAGAUGAGGGACCAUCGGAAAGCAUCGAGUACAAAGACGCCGAGGCAAAGCUACAAACCCUGCAAAAGCGACUGGAAACCGUGCUAGGGGACGAACACAUCAUCGAAGACCUGCAGGAUAGUGCAGCGAUGCGACUUCAGUUCCUCGAUGCCUGGGGCAAGUCGCUGCACCGUAAAAACUGUCCCGAAAUCGAUCAGGCUCUGCAAACCUACAAGCAAGAGCGGGAAAUUUUGGCGCUGAAUUGCAACGAUGCUUCGGCCCGGUGGCGAGAAAUACAAGCCGUCCUUGUGGACCUUCGCCUGGAACAGUCACGCCUGGAAAAGAUUGUGACCAAAGAACGCGCCAAGGCAUUCAAGGAGUAUAACAAGCAACAAAAGGCCAAAGUGCAGAAAAAGCACAAGCAGGCCCUGUUGAAUCUUGACAAAGAAGCCGAGAGAGUCCGACAACGGGAGGAGCGCAUGCUCUUCUGGCCCAAAAAGUGCUACACGGUUCUCGUUACGCUGGAGGCUGUGGAUGUCACGCCAGGUUCAUCAGGGCGCAGCUCCCUGGCUAACGAAACCAUGUCGGUCGCAAACGACAAGACCAGUGUCGAGUUGGGUGAUGGCAUGCUAGGGACGUCCUGCAGUUUGUCCCUGUCAUACCUGACCUCAUGGGCCUUUUGGACUCCAUCUUACGACCUAGCGUUUUCGACAGCUUCCAAUUCGGGUAGACUACACUUUGACGCGCAGGUCACCAACCACACGUCCGAGACGUGGGAAAACUGCAAGAUGAUGCUCUCUACCAGCCGCACCGCUCUGUGUGGUGUCGGCAGUGAAGUACCCGAACUCAAGCCCUGGGGCAUCCGACUUGCUCCCAGGACCAAGAAGUGGGAUGAUGUGCUCGAGAGCCGAGAAGAACGCAAGUCUCGUGAAAUUAUUGGUCCAAAGUCUACUGCGAAUGCACAACUAGAUCGCGAUAAGCUGUUUGGGGAAAAGAGAGUGUCAGUUGCUAUCAAGGUUAAAGAAGAAUAUGAAAGAGAGGAGGAGGACGAGCCCUGCAACGAAGCCGGAUUUGCACUUUUCGAUGGAGGCCCUAGUCGAAGUGCCGCCUACGCGGUCGACCAAGAAGAGCCCCUUCCACCGCCAACCUUGGAGUUUCAAAAGCCCACACUUGAAGAGGCUGGUCUCACUACCACUUACGAGCUGCCUGGGCUAAAGACUCUCGCACCGGCACCUACUACCUCCAAGUCCCGCAUUGCUACGAUCGCAUUCACCAAUGUCGUCUUCUCGCACACGGUGGUGGCCAAGUACAAGCCGGCCGCGUUUCUGCAGGCAAAGGUGCUCAACACCAGCAAACUGACUUUACUUAACGGGCCGGUCGGCUUGUCUCUUGACGGCAGCUUCAUCGGGCGCGUCUCCCUCCCGCGCUGUGAGCCUGGCCAUUCGCUGGUCGUUGGACUGGGUGUCGACCCCGCCGUCACGGUUGCGUAUGCCAAACCCGAGGUCAAGCGGGGCACGUCGGGCCUCCUGGUUCGUGACAACGUCAGCGUCUACCGCCGACGCUUGAACUUGGUUAACACGCGAGCGACCGGGUCUGGCGCCAAGCCAGUCACGGUCUCCGUGCUUGAUCAGGUCCCCGUCAGCCAGGACGAAAGACUACGAGUUGACAUUACCUUGCCUCGUGGGCUGGUCUCGGGCGGAAAGGGAGUUCCUGCUGGGGAAAUCGUGGUUCAUGAGGGUCUCAGUGAGAAGGGUGACAGGACUUGGGGUCAGGCAGUGGCUGUUCUGAAGCAAAAGGGCGAGAUUGUAUGGGAUGUGACACUUAACCCUGGCAAAGGUGUAGAGCUGUUGCUCGAAUAUGAAGUGGCUUGUCCUUCGGGCGAGCAUGUUGAGCAGGAUGGGCCUAGCUAGUUGUUCUCGUGGCUUACAUAGUACCUACGUGACCAAAAAUACCUCCCUGUGGAUACGGGAACAAUUCUUACUGUACGGCAGUACAAAGCCACAAACCCCUUCUCACCUACACAAUUUGCGACAUGGA